AGGAAGUUCCGACUCGAGACAAAUUAAGGUAAAUGAAGGACAAUGCCUGUUACAAAUCAACAGAGACCGAAAGAGACAAGACGUAGAAGGAGCGGGUGUGAUGUAUUAGAUUGCUCCCGUGGCAUGCCGGGGAAAUGUAAUCAGACGUUCAUGGGGCCACAGACUUUCAGCAAUGUGGCCAGUACUGAUAAUUGUGGCGGUGACAUGCCAAUGGACCCUGAGAUGUUGCGCUAGCGGGAGGCUCAACGGACCACUCUUUCGUGCGGCUCUGCAAAUCCACUUGCGCGUGGUAAAACAUACGAGCAGUCGCACCGCGCAUCCUAAGAAUAGCCCCUGAUAACGGCCGCUAGUUCAUCGACAUGGCAGAAACGUCCAAAGCAACUGGCAGCUGGUCCGACGCCUUUCCCGCCCCACGGUGCAUCGCCCCGAUCCUCUCCCGCGAAGAGGCCCUGUCGAAUCUCUCGUCUCCAGACUUGCUCAUCGUAGAUGUCCGACGCACCGACUAUGAAGGUGGAACCAUUCGAGGUAGUCUGAAUCUUCCUGCACACUCCUUCUACAUGAAUCGCGGCGCCUUGUAUGACCUGUGUAAGAGAGCGGGCGUCAAGCAAGUCGCAUUUUAUUGUGGCGCAUCAAAUGGAAGAGGUCCGAGAUGUUCUGGCUGGUUUGCAGACUACAUUGCGGACCAGGGCGAUGAUCAGAUUACAUCAUUGACACUUGGUGGCGGCAUCAAGGGCUGGGUCAAGGCUGGAGAGCCUUACACACAGCAGAUGGAUGGCUUUGAGCCCGAUUAUUGGAAACAGUUUGAUUAGACGCGUGCUUGAUGCAUUAAGUACACAGCAACAUGCGUGGUAUCUCAAGCUCGCCACAUUAUCUACAU